GUCUCCAAGUGUUGAUCGUCAUGUCUUGGUUCAGCUUGCAUGGCCAGAUAAAGGACUCCGAACGCAAUAUUUCGGGUCUUAAUGCAGCACUCGCCACAAGAAAUCAAAACAAAAUUAGGCGAAGCAGUCGACCCAGAGGGAAAUGUUUUAAACAUGGCGGCCGUGGUAGAGGUUAUUGGACUUCUUGAGCGUACUCCGCUAACAAAGGAAGCUUUAGAGCAAACCAGAAUUGGUCGAACUGUUAACUUAUUACGAAAGAAAACUGAUAACGAUGACAUUGCGAGAAGAGCAAAGCGAUUGGUAAAGAAAUGGCAAAAAUUGGUUCAAAACCAUUUGGAAGCUGUUAGGAAUACAAAUUCACCUUUGAAUGGAAUACGUUGUAACUCCCCUGUUGUAAACGGGUCAGUUAAAAGUGAUGAACAAGCUAAUUCACCAGCAGAUCUAUCGGCAAAGCUAGAUCGUAAAGCGAGAGGAACGAAGCGAAAACGUCUGAGUGUCGAUAGUCUUAGUCCCGGAGAAACGCAGGGGAAUGAAGAGUUGGGUAAUAAAGACAAUACUUCAUGUAAUGAAAAGAAUUAUGAGAACAAUGGAUCUCAACAUAGCAGUUUGAUUUCAACUCAAAGUUCCAUCGAUUCCGAAGAGAGUCUAACUGCAUCUGCAGAAUGUUCCCAGAAUUCCGAAACUAACUUUUUAAAACAAAUCAAUACUGAUGAUGGUGGAUGUCACCAGGAAUCAACACUGGUGAAAAGCGAUAGAGCAACUAUUGAUAAAAACACAUGCAGCACAGCUGAUAUAGCACCAUCGGCAGAAACAAACAAUUCAGAUCAUACUGAUGUGAGGUGGGAAGGCAAAGAUAUUGGACUGCAAACGGAUGAUAUCGUUGAACGGGGGGAUGAAAAUAUAGAAAAUCCUCCCUGUCCGUCGCUUGAUGUUGAGCUUCAGGCUAAUGGUAUUAACGGCCGUUUUGGCGAAGAUGGAAAAUGGUACUCUUGGAGUGAAACUAUGUCCUAUAAUGAAGGAAGUCUAAUUAUUUUACCAUACGUUCUCCUGGAGUAAAUGCGACAAAGUUAAUUCUGCUAAUAGAGGCGCUCUGUUUUCUUCAUGCAGCAGUGAUGUAAUUGAACGCUGGAGCAAUUUAGAUUCUCCGGUGGACACCCUAGGCGCAAAUUUAUUUCAAAUUAUAUCCUGCAAUAAAAGCUCUCGAGGCUGGUGUAAAAUCGAUUAUGAUUCAACCCUGUGUUCAUCUUCUAAUUUCCCUCGUCCGCGUAGGCUUUGAGUUUUUAAGCAGUCGGACAGGAGGCAUACAUGAAAUUUACCAAAAGAAAAACACGCACUUAAUUGACCCUAUUGAUCCCUGACCCUAUUAUCGACCUGAUAAAACACAAAAAAGAUCAACUUGUUGCAAUGUUGAUGUGGGCAGGAUUAAAUAACUUUGUGAACCCCAGACUGAGAGUUUUUGACCGUACAUGCUUGCCACUGUUUCCCUAAGUUAUCCUAAUUACAUCACUGGUGCAGGAUGAUCAGGAGGCAGCCACGAGGCAAAAUGUCAUCAGUUAUAGCUUUAUGGUUUCCGUUAUAUUGUUCUUUACGAGUUCCAGUUCAUGCGCUGACAGAAUCAGCAUUAAAGUAACAAAUUGCUUGCUGUAUAUAUGUGUUGAAUGGCAAAAGUAACAGAUUUCUGAUAGAAAAUACUCCAGUCUUGGAGGAAUACCCUCGGAUAUAAGGUAUUAUGGCCCCCUUUACACGAUACCAGAUGAAUUCGGUACCGUUUUAUGAUUACGUUCGUAUACGGGGUCAUUAAAACCGGACAAAUUCACACACUAAAAAAAAGGUUUUAACCAAAUUUUAUUGGGCUCAUAUAUGAUCGGUGGAGCCAGACUUCUUUCUGAACUUUUAUUCCUACCUUAGUGUUGUUAUAGAGCUGGAGGUAGAGAAGAAUAGCAAAAAGUACAGUACAAGUUUCAAAUCUUUCCUAAGCUAAACAGGUUCUUGCAUAAACAGAGUAAAGAUGAGCAACAUUAAUUGCCCGUUUACACUUGCAAUUUUUGCUGCGAUUUUAUGUGCGAAUUUCUUCUUUUAAUAGAUGUGAUCGAGUGAAUUAGUUACUGAUGUUCAAAUAUUUGAGCUCUUGUUAAUCAGAGCAUUCGCACUCAGUGAGCAUUCGUAACUAAUUACUCACUCACAUCUGUCAAAAGAAGAAAAUCGUAGCGGCUCUUGAACCUCUCUUCAAAUGCUUCCGUGGAAAAAUGCGCCGCGCCAGGUAUAUAAUAGUACACGAUUCCGAAUUCAUCCAGUCUCGUGUAAUUUUAGUCUACCCUAUUGUAGAUAUAGAUACACAAAACAAUAUAAAUCUAAUUGACUAUAACGAGAAAGAUUUCGGAUGUACAUUUUACCUCGCAUUUUACCGAAAUCGUUUAAAAAAGCGAAUUGUGAUUUAGUGGGAAAGUUAUUUUAUGCUAUAAUGGAGGUCAUUUUUUUCCGUUGUGUUAAUAGAAAUGUUCUUCUCAAUUUUUGCUUUCUUUCAUUGCAUUGUGGUAAAAUGUACGUGUAUGCUGUAUGUCUUUGUCAUUUCAUUGUUGUCAAUUUUAUAAGAACCAA